AUGAGUAACGGGAAUACCAAGUCAGAGCCACUGUCCGUUAAGUUGAAGAAGUUGUCAAAGCAAGAGUUGAAUAAACGGGAUGUUUUUGGGCGGUCUAUUAUCCAUAUCAUUUGUAUCUUGGGGAGGUUUGAUUUGUUAAAACAUUUAUUGCUGAACCCAAAUGUCAAUAUCUUCAUUACUGAUUAUGAAUCUGGUUGGACUGGGUUACAUCAUUCAAUAUUCUAUGGUAAGAUCUCAUGUGCCAAAUUGUUAUUGGGUCAUAAUUCAGAAUUAGUCAGAGUUAAAGAUCGUAAUGGAUUAACUGCUAUGGAUAUUUAUCACUUGAAAUAUUCAUACACAAAUUUAAACAUAUUCCCGAGUUCUAUUGGUGUUGAUGAUACAAAUUAUACUCAAAGAAAAGCUAAUGAUAAUAGUUUUAAUAAUAAUGUCCCAGAUAAAAUUUGGUGGGAUAAAGAUAUACGUGGUGGCUCUGAAGUGUUCACGUUUGGUAUAAACGUUAAUAAUCAUUUAGGUACUGGUGAUUCAGAUGAUAAAUUGAAAACUCCUUAUCGAGUUGAUAUUGAAAACAAGAGAUUAGAUAACUAUAAUUUAUCAAUUGCAGAAAGAUUAGUUAAACCAAGAAUUAAAGAUAUAAAAAUUUCCAAAAAUCAUUCAAUUAUAUUGACAAAUGAAACUAAGGGGAAUCUUUUAAUAGCAGGUAAUCCAUCAAGAGGUCGUUUAGGUCAUGGCAAAUCAACUCCAAACUAUAAAUUUACAGAAUUAGAAUAUUUUGCAGAUGAUCAUAUAACCAAUGUUGCUAUUAGUGAUGAUCAUACUUUGGUUUUAACAUCAAAUGGUGAAGUUUAUUCAUGGGGGCUAAAUAAUUAUUUAGAAUUAGGUUAUCCAACAGAUCGUAUAAAAGAAAAAACUGAUACUUUUUCCAAUGAACCGAAAAGAAUUAUUCAAACAUUGAAAAAAUUAGAUGUUCAAGGUAUAUCUUGUUCAAAAAUCCAUUCAGCUGCUUUUAGUGAUUAUACAUUAGUACUAUGGGGGUUAAACAUUGGUCAAAUGGAUUUUAUAACUACUGGUGAAACUGUUAAAUUUGGUAAACAAAAAGGUAUAGUUCAAACACCAAGAAAAAUGGAAUUUCAAAAUAAAAUUAAACAAGUUAUAACAACAGAUAAUAGUACCAUUGUAUUAUUAGAUAAUUUUGAAUGUCAUAUAAUGCAUAAUGGGAAUCAUUUAAGAAUUCAAUUACCUUUAUUCAAAGCUUUAAACAAUGAAUUUGAAUAUUUUAGACCAACAAAAUUUUCCAAAAGGAAAUCAAUCAUUAAACUUGUUUCAAAAGAUUGUUCUAAGAUUGGUAUAUUAUAUGAUGAUGGAUCUGUUUCUAAUUUUGGAGUUGAUAUGUUUUCUAAAUCUUCAAAUAUCAAAUAUAAUACAGUAUGGAGUCCAAGAAAUAAUCAUUUAAAAUGUCAUGAUGUUGAUAUUGGUAAAGAUGGUUCAAUUAUCAUUUGUACAAAAGCUGGUUCAGCUUAUAAGAGAAUCUCUAGGGUUGGUGAAAAAUCAGAUUAUAAAUUCACCAAGAUUGAUAGAAUUUCUAAAGUUGUUAAAGUUUGCUGUGAUUCUUUAUUCACUUCAUUUGGAUUUAUUAAAGAUGAUGUUGAUCAAUUACCAUUAAAUUUAUCCAAGAAUCAAUUCUUGGUUGAUAUUAAUUAUUUAUCACCUUUAACGCCAUCUAUUUCAAAUAGAAGAAAGAGUAAACUGGUUGAACCUAAUUGUAUUGAGAACCGUUAUUCAGUUGAUUUUUUAAAUAAACCAUCAAUGGAAACUACAGAAGAAUCUGAUACAAUUAAAUUAUUUCAAAAUAAAUUUACAUUAGAUGAUGAAAAAGAUGUUGAAACUGAUCCAUUAUAUAAUUCAUACAUUAAUAGAUGGAAUUCAUCACAAAAAUUAAGAGAUACAUUUGAAAAAAUCAAUUCCAGUGAAAUUAUAAAUGUUUUAAACCGUAAAGAUUUAAAAUAUUAUUUAAAUACUAAUGAUUUUACAUCGGGUAAAGAUUAUGAUUUAAUGUUUGAUAUCGAUGAUUGUCAUAUUGGUGUUCAUAGUUCAAUCCUGAAAUUCAUUCCAAUUUUUGAAAAUAUACAUGAAUCAGAUAUUGUUCUUGAUGAUGAUGUUAUAUUCCAUAAAGUUGAAGAUGGUUGUAUAUCUGUGGAAAAUCUUCAUGUUCAGUCAUUAUUACUGGUUCUGAAUUUAUUAUAUACAGGGUCUUAUUUGAAAAUUUGGGAUUCAUUUUCUGGUUUUAAUAGACCACCAAUAAUGCGUGAAAUUAAAGAUCAAACUAUGAAAUUAUUGAAACCUUUCAAAUUAGUUGAUGAUUUACAAAGACCAAUUUAUGAUAUAUUUGAAAAUUUCUCAGAUUGGGAAAAUUUUGAUAAUGAUGUUUUAGUUAAAUUAAAAGAUGAUGAAGAAUUGAGAUGUUGUUCAUACAUUCUUUCUGCAAGAAGUGCAUUUUUUGAAACUUUAUUUUCUGAAAGAUGGGAUUUAGAUACACAAAUUGUUGAUUUUAAUCAUGUUUCUAAAAAUGUUUUUGAAAUUGUUUUGAAGUAUAUUUAUGGAUAUGAACAAUUAUCGUUAUUUGAUGAUUUUGAUGAAAUUCAAUCAGUUGCAGAUUUUAUAAAUUUACAAUUUGAUAUAAUUGAAAUAUCAGAUGAACUUUUAUUAUUUGGAUUAAAAGAUAUUUCACAAUUAAUGAUUAAAGAUUUUAUAACUCAUGAAAAUGUUUUCUUAUUAUUACAACAUUCAGAAAUAAUGAAUUGUAAUAUGUUAAUUGGUGAAUGUCUUUGGUUUAUUUAUAAUAAUGUUGAUUUAGUAUUAUUUGAUUCUCAAUACAAUGAUGAAUUAUUAUCACAAAACAUUAUCAAGAGAAUUGAUAGAUAUUUUAGAUGGAUGAAUAGAGUUAAUAAGAUUAGUGCUGCUGAUGAAACUUUAUUUUGGUAUGAUUCAGAUACAGGUGAUACCGUUAGAACAUUUUUGUAUCAUUUAAAAGAUUUCAAUUCACAAUUUUUAUUAGAAGAUUCAUUUGAACCAUUAUUUGAUAUUAAAGAAGCAAGAAAAGAAAAUAAAUCACCUAAAUUAGAACCUAUAAAAACCAAAACCAAAUUACCUUCACCACCACCAGUUGUAAGUGUUAAUAUGGAUAGGAAAAAAUCAGUAUCAAUUGAUCCAAUUGUUUCAUGGUCAAAAUUUGAUCAUAAUGUUACAGAUUCAUCGGCUAUUGAAUUUACAGAUGAAGAGUUCCAACCAGUUGUUAAUCGUCGUCGAAGAUCAUCUGGUAAAAGAGCAUCAAGUUCUACAACUACAAUUGCACCCUCACCAUUAUCAAAUUCAUCUAUAACUCCAUCAAAAUCAAUACCAAUACCCACAGGACAACAAGGACAAUCUAAACCAAUGUAUUCUACAAGAAAUAAUAGUGUUCAUUCAUUAACUGAACAACAUUGGCCUGGUAUGAAUGAAAAUAGUCCAAAUUAUGGAUCACCAAAUGGAUUAAGUCCAUUUUCUAAUUGGGGGAAUAGUUCUGGUAAUUUAACACCAAUGAAUCUAAGCUCAUCACCAUCAACAAGGAAAAAAUCAGAUCCAUUAGUCCCAUCAUCAUCGGCAUCAAUAACAACAUCACUAUCGCCUUCAAAUAAUUCCAUGGUUGGAUCUUCAAAUAAGUUAAGUUUUAAUGGUAGUGGUAAUAAAAUGUCACAAAAGGAAAGAAAACGUUUAAUGAAGACAAAUGAUAAUGAUGUUACACCUUCUAAAACCAAGUCAAAUUCACCAUGGAAUGUAUCUAAUCCCAAACCAAAACCUAAACCAAAAGCUAAAUCUAUUCCAAAUGAUAAGACAACAAUUCCUUCAUCAUUUUUAGCAGCUCAAGAAGAUGCUUUAGCAGAGGAAACCAUAUCAAUGCCAUCAUUGGCAGGUAUUAUUCAUGAAGAAGAACAUAAGGCAAUGGGUCUUUUGAAUGAACGUAAAAGUCUUGUUGAAAUUCAACAAGAAGAAGAAUUUGCCCUUUGGUGGGAAUCUGAGUCUAAAAGGGUUCAACAAGAACAAGAAAAUUUAUUGAAAAGUUUUAAUUCAAAUAAUGGGAAUGGUAAUAAUAAUAAAAAACCUAAUGGGAAUUCAAAGAAGAAACAAUAUAAUAAUUCUAGAAAUCGUAAAAGAUCGGUUAAUUAG